UUUGCAAAAAAAAAAAAAAAAAAAAAAGGAAUCCUUCUCAGUUCCGAAAACACCGGGGCGGUGGAAGAGACAAUCGGCGCUGCCUGCACCGCCUCAAUGCCUCCGAAAUCGGCGUCCGCCGUUCCGACGGGCAGAGCUUCUCGAUUAACGGCUAGGAAGCGUAUUCCAAGCCACAGUUCAGUCGUCCGUGCUCGUGCUGGAUCUUCUCCGUCGGCCUCCGGUGGCGGCAGUUCCGCUUCGAUGGCCAAGGGCAACCGCCUUCCACUCACCGAUGUUCCUGCUUCUUUUGAAUGUUCAAAGGAAACUGACCGCGACGGUGCUUCUGAUACGGUGGUCGGCGCCGGAGAGAGUCCACGCGCGGGGACUCCUGUUUCCGAGGCGCAGUCCGUAGGUUUGAAGAAAACCCUAGCUACUGUUUCGGAGGCGGUAAAGCUUGAUACGGAGGGUGUUAAAUGUGACCGUGCUGAGAAAUUGGGAAAUUUAAUCAAGCCUGCGAACUCUGGGGGUGAAUAUUUGGCGUCUGAUAAAAUCCUUCCUGACAGAGAUACAGUUGAUUCUCCUUCGACUGCAAAGGCGGGAAACGGAAAGAAGAAAGUUGUGAGGAAGACUGUAAGAAUUGUCAAGAAGAUAAUUAAAAAGCGAGUGCCGAAGAAAAUUUUAGCGAGUGAUUCGAAAGAUCUUGGAACAUCGGAGAAAGCGCAAGAUGGAUUGAAUUUGAUCGACCAAACCCUAAGUUCAAAUAUUGGGAAUGGUGAGGGGAGAGGGACGGAGGCAAGAAAUUUGGGUUGUUUAAGCCAUGUUGAUGUGGAAAACUGUAAUAAGGUUAUGGAAGAAGGAAGGAUCACAGCUAAGGGAACUCAAGAACUGAAGCUCGUUGGUAGUGAUGGCGAAAAGGGAAAUGAUCAAAGUGGAAUUGAUUCUGUGAAUGGAGAGAGUUUGGAGUUCCAGUCUAGUGCGAAUGUUUCGGACAGAAUGAUGGAUGAAGGAUGUACCAAUCGACAUGGGGGAGAUGCUGCAUGUUCAGAUGUACAGGGCAGUGAAGUUGAAAACUCAAUUCAAGAGGGAACUGUGAAUCAUACUGUUGAAACUGUUACGAGUUUGAAGGAGAUGAAAGAUUCUUCGCCGGAGAAUCGAGCAAGUGUGUCUGUUGUGCAAACUCUGACUGUGGAUAUUGUUGAUAAAGUCGAUGGGCGGCUAAUUGAGCAUCAAGAUGUGCGUCUAGAGGGAGAAAAUAAUGAGGUUUUGGCUGUGGGAGAAAAUGAGAGGAAGAUUGAGGAACCUGAAGAUGACUGUGGUGAGAUGAAGCAUGAUAGUGUUAAGUUUCCGGAGUUACCAAUUAAGGAAAUGGAGGCAUCAGAAGAAAAGAAAUGGCAAGAAACUGAGAUAUUUGUUGGUGGAUUGGACGAGUAUACAAAUGAGGAUGACAUUAGGAAAGUGUUCGAUGAAGUUGGGAAAAUACAGGGGGUGAGGUUGGCGAUGAGAGGGAAUGCAGGCAAGAACAAGGGUUUUGCCUUUGUGCAUUUUGUUACGGUUUCUGAUGCCAAGAAGGCAUUGGAAAGUUACUCUAAAGUGGAGAUUCGCGGGAAGCAGUGUAGUGUGGUACGUGUUGAGCCCAAUGAUACAAUAUUUCUUGGAAACAUUGCCAAAAACUGGAAGACUAAUAAUAUUGUUCUUUUGCAGGUUUUGAAAUUUUUAAAGUCAGUGGGCAUUGAGAAGAUAUGUAAAGUUAUACUUAAGACUGAUCCCAAAAAGUCUCAGAAAAAUCGAGGUUUUGCCUUUGUUGAGUUUGAAACAUGCAGGGAUGCUCAAAUUGCUCUUCAUAAACUCCAAAAGAAGGAUGCUUUUGGAAGAGACCCAAGGGUGACUGCUGAAUGGGCACGACCCCUAGUUGACCCGAAUGAGGAAGUCGACGAGGUGAAAACUGUUUAUGCUGAAUGUCUACCUUUUGCUUGGGAUCAAGAAAAAGUGAAAGAAUACUUCAAAAGAUUUGGUGAAAUCGAAAAUGUUACCUCUGGGAAGGGCCUGCCUUCAUCCAGGAGACAAGAUUCUGCCGUCAUUAGAUAUAAAACCCGUGACGCAGCUUUUGCUUGCAUUGAGGCUAUCAAUAGAGAGAUAUUGGAGGAUGGCGGCUCCAAGGUUAAGAUCGCUGUCUCUCUUGCAAAAUCAAUUCCAAAGUGCAAGCAAACGAAUACCUCUGAUCUGACUAGUAAGCAACCCUUCAAAGCCAAGCCAAAGGGAUCACAAACCUCCAAAAGGUUUCAUGAACCCCAAAAAACGGGAGACCCUGCCAGGAGUAGCCAUCAUAAUAUCAAGUUUGAUAGCAGACCAUCUACUACUGAUGAACUCGUACAACUUCUGAGGGAACAAGCAUCAAGUAACCAGGUCCUUCAAUAUCCCAGGACAGGUCCCACUGUUCCAGAUUAUCAUUUUCCGUUACCUGGGAGCAAGAGGCCGUACUCACUAACUACAAGUUACCAAACGGCACAUGAUCCCUUCUAUUCCGAGUGUCGCCCCCCGCCACAGAUGCGUAUAGGAAGUUCUUAUCCCAUCUCAGCAAUGAGUUCCUCAUCCUAUGGUUACGAUCAACCGCCUUUUCUGUAUCAUCAAGAAAGGCCUGGUUUCACAUCCGAAUAUGUUGGUGGAAGGAGAUACUAUCCUGAUGACUUUCAGGCAACGCAGCAGCUGCUGCCACCACCGCCGCCGCCACCCCCAUACCAUGGACACAGUGAUAAUACAUACCGAAGAUACUGAGGAGGCAUUCUAUGGAGAAGGAAAGUAGAGAGAUUGACCUAUAAAUUAUUUUGGUAGCUAGGGGGAGAUAUAUAUACAUAUAUAAUUGAUCAUGAUUUUAUUGCAAAGGGAAAACCAACAAUUAGGCGGGGUGGGGGUGGGGGUGGGGGUGUGGGGUAACAAACCAACCAAGCCAAGGCUGCUUAUGGAUGAAAGUUUUCUGACAUUGACUGACUAUGGAUGAAUGAAGGUACAACACAAACCACAUGUUUUGCUAAAUGUGUAAAUGGAUUCGUUAUUGAACUUAUACAAUAUGCAUUUUGCUACUGUUUCUUUUUGAUCGCCCCUCUGGUCCUAUAUUUGAAUUUUAUUGUUUGAAAAGUUUAGAGAUGGUAAAAAGUGUAUAUAUUUAUUGUUACAAAAAUAGAUUAAAUUA